AACCAAAUCAAUUUUCGUUCAGACAUAGUUUAAACAUCAAAAAUGCUCAUACCAGAUGAUCAGAUAUGGAUGGUUGUCGUCGGAUUCUUAAUAGCAUUUAUCCUGGCCUUUGGUAUUGGUGCCAAUGAUGUUGCCAACACAUUCGGAUCAAGUGUUGGUUCCAGGGUCUUGACGUUGAAACAGGCUUGCACACUUGCGACCAUCUGUGAACUACUUGGGGCCUUGCUUUUGGGUUCAAAGGUUUCAAGCACCGUGCGGAAGGGGAUUGUGGACACUUCCCUGUUUGAUACCCUCGAUAACGGUACAGCAAAGUUAAUGGCUGGUCAAGUUGCUGCUCUCGGCGGAUCAUGCACUUGGCUUCUAGUUGCCACAUUUUUCCGCCUACCUGUCUCUGGGACUCACAGCAUUGUUGGAGCCACUGUGGGUUUCAGCCUGGUCCUUUUUGGCUUCCGCGCAAUUCACUGGAUCGGUUUGGGAAAAAUUGUACUCUCGUGGUUCAUCUCUCCUGUUCUCAGCGGACUGGUUUCCGUUGGCGUGUUCGUCAUAAUCCAUUACUUAGUGCUCAUCAAGGAUGAACCUUUGGAACCUGCACUACGUCUUCUCCCUGGCUUUUACGGUGCAAUAAUCGUUACCAACUUGAUUACCAUUUUGUUGGGAGGAUCCGAAGUCUUUCAGUUUAACAGAAUACCAAUCUACGGAGUUUUCAUCAUUAGCUUUGGUGCAGGGACGAUAAUAGUUCUCCUAAUAAAGUUGUGGAUUCUUCCUAUACUUCGGCGACGCAUUCUUGCAGGAGAGAGCUUUGGCAGUAGGGCAAUGACGGCAAUAUAUCGACGGCUCGGAUGCCACAAAAUCAACCUUUGGUGCUGCAAACGUUUCAGGAGAAGGAACAAUAAAGCGAUGAGCAUAACUGCGAUAAACCACAUGGAGAAUAUGCACGAGGACGAAACCAGGGUUCCCGACGUACAUAUUUCUUUCGGUGAGAUGCAUCACAAGAAUAAAUCUGGCACGUUCGAGAUGGGUGCCAUGUCUCAUGGAGAUCCAGAUGUGGUUGCCUUAUCCCCCACUGUGGAGCCCGUCAAUAAGGAGUCACCUCAACAAUAUUCACAACGGACAGCUUCCACUCUGAAACUAGGUUCCAGAGCCUUCGAAGUCAAACCAACCGAAGUCGCUCCAAAGGAUCAACCAAACGGAAACUACGUACCAAAGGCAUUUUCUGCUUUUGGGGCUAAUACCAUGGAUAGCGGAGAACAAACUCUGUCUGUCACGAAACGCAGCGUACUCGCCCAACCGACUUUGCCUGUCAUUGGCGAGGAGGAACCGGAGGGUCGAAACGAAGUGAGCGACAGACCAACGGAAGCACGGGUGUUUUGGUCACUACAGGUCUUGACGUCCGUACUUGGAUCAUUUGCUCACGGUGGCAAUGACGUGAGUAACGCUAUUGGUCCUCUCAUGGGAUUGUGGAUUAUCGGUGUCACACAGGAUGUCAAUUCACGUAUGGCCAAUCCCUACUGGAUUCUGUUGUAUGGUGGCUUGGGCAUCUCCAUCGGCUUAUGGGUUUGGGGAAGACGAGUGAUACAGACUUUGGGUGAAGAUUUGACACGGAUCACCCCGUCCAGUGGUGUAUGUAUCGAACUUGGAUCGGCUCUAACAGUUCUACUAGCAAGCAAACUGGGCUUACCGGUGUCCACAACCCACUGUCAGGUUGGAUCGGUAAUUGCGGUCGGUCGAUUCAGGUCACGCGAUAAUGUGGACUGGAGGAUCUUCCGCAAUAUCAUUAUUGCGUGGAUUGUGACAGUUCCGGUGGCGUGCGGCAUUUCCGCACUCCUCAUGUAUUUGUUUACUUUCAUUGUGUAAAAAUUCCUAUUUUCGGUUAACUUUAUACUGCAUUAACUAACUAGAACUUCUCUGUAAAUUGGUCAGGACAGGACCAAGUUUCUCUGUCCUGUUCACAUCUUUAGAUGGACGUCGAUUCUUUUACUAUGGUUGACCUUGAGAAGGAUAGAUUACUUUUGUAUACUGCUAUUUCGAUUAUCAGACAACGGUGUAUUCAUCCAUCUUCUCUCUGUGCCUCCCACUUGACCCCACUCCUUGUAUCGGCUCUGCAUAUGUGGCCUUUUUUUUACCUCAAUCCUCUCGAUCCAUGUAACUCUAAUGGGUUUACUGACACGCGGUUGGUUCUUUUUCCACUGCACCCCAUGCCCAUUUGUAUUAUUCUCAUCUUAGCAAACUAAGCUAUUUGGAACUGUUAUGUUCCAGCACAUGGCUCCUCGAAAGAAGUAUAGCAUACCAUGAU